AUGAGUUCGCAGAAAGCCCUAUCGGACUCCGACUGGUCCCGACCAGCCACGAAUGGGCAUCGUGAUAUGAAGUCCCGGAAGUCGCCGCCCGAAUUAACCGCCUCCAUCCUCUUCGACGGCUUGCUCCACAUCGGGACCUUCGGCUCCCCAAUCAUAAUCCCGGAAAACGAACCGCCGGAAAAUGAAGAUGAAGAAAUGUCUUCGGCCAUAGUGAAUGAAAUAGCAGAGAGGGAAAUCUUGAAGACAACAGAUAACGAACUGAUAGCAAUCUCAGUGGAGCUUGAAAAGGUCGCGUUAUGUGGUGGUGACGUCGGAGGUGGCAAGGUAGGAGGCAGUGAGGUGUGCGGCGGUGAUUUCGGAGGUGGCAAGGUGGGCCGCGGUGACCUCAGAGGUGGCAAGAUUGAAGGUGGUGAGGUUAGUGGCAGCGAUGUCGGUGGUGGAAAGGUUGGCGGAGGCAAGGUGGAUGGUUGUGAUUUCGGCGGCAGUGAUGUGGGUGGCGUUGACUUCGUAGGUAGCAAUGUGGGCGGAGGCCACUUCAGAGGCUACGAG